AACGAAAACACGAGAAGUGACCCCUGCCUGCUCGAAGCAGCAGUGAAGUGUUGCGGUGUUUUGGUGGAAAAGGGGUAAACAUGCUGCGUCGAGGCGUUUCGAGCUCGCUACGCAAUGCUCUACAGGUCCAGAAGAGGUCCGCGGCCUCAGCCCCAGAAAAGAUAGAGGUCUUCAUCGAUGACCAGUCGGUCAUGGUGGAGCCUGGGACGACCGUUCUGCAAGCGGCAGCGAUGGUUGGAAUAGAGAUCCCUCGUUUCUGCUAUCACGAGAGACUCAGCGUCGCCGGAAACUGCAGAAUGUGUCUCGUCGAAGUGGAGAAGUCUCCCAAACCAGUGGCGGCUUGUGCCAUGCCGGUCAUGAAAGGAUGGAGGAUCAAAACGAACUCGCCUCUGACGAAGAAGGCUCGUGAAGGUGUCAUGGAGUUUCUGCUGACCAACCAUCCCCUUGAUUGCCCCAUCUGCGACCAGGGUGGUGAAUGCGACCUUCAAGAUCAGUCCAUGGCUUUUGGCUCAGACCGAAGUCGCUUCACCGACGUAAACUACACGGGCAAACGAGCCGUCGAAGAUAAGGAUCUCGGUCCUCUCGUCAAAACCGUGAUGACUCGCUGUAUUCAAUGUACGCGCUGUGUCCGCUUCGCUUCAGAGAUCGCCGGUAUCCCGACACUCGGAUCGACCGGCCGUGGUCAGGAAAUGCAGAUCGGCACCUACGUCGAAAAAAUGUUCCUCUCCGAGCUUUCGGGCAACGUUAUCGACCUGUGCCCAGUGGGAGCUCUGACUUCGAAGCCUUACACGUUCACAGCGCGUCCGUGGGAAACCCGGAAAACAGAGAGUAUUGACGUCUUGGACGCGGUCGGCAGCAAUAUCGUCGUGAGCACGCGGGCGGGUGACGUUAUGCGGGUUAUUCCGAAGAACAACGACGACGUGAACGAGGAAUGGAUUUCGGACAAAGCUCGUUUCUCGUAUGACGGUCUCAAGCGCCAGCGAUUGACAACUCCCAUGGUCCGCAAGAACGGGGAGCUCGAGGCGUGCGACUGGCAGGAGGCUCUCAUGGUAGUAGCCAACAAGAUCGCCACCACCCCGGGCGACAGAAUGGCCGCCCUGGUCGGUGGCUUGAGCGAUGCCGAGACAUUGACUGCGCUCAAGGAUUUGAUGAACCACCUCGAAUGCGAGACUCUCUGUACCGAGGAGAAGUUCCCCAUGGACGGCGCUGGGACCGACCUUCGGUCAAAUUACCUGCUGAACUCGAGAUUGACCGGAGUCGAGGAAGCUGACCUGGUACUAAUCAUCGGCUGCAACCCCCGUUUCGAGUCCCCGGUUUUCAACGCAAGGAUCCGCAAAUCGUGGAUCGCCAACGAGCUCGAUGUCGCUGUCAUCGGACCUAAAGUAGACCUCACCUACACUUAUGAUCACCUGGGCGAUAGUCCGAAGACGAUAGCGGAUCUAGCGAGCGGAAAUCACGAAUUCUCUCAGAGACUGAAGACUGCGAAGCGACCGAUGAUCAUUGUCGGCAGCGAAGCGCUCCAAAGGGAGGACGGCGGCGCCAUCUACAGCGCGGCCCAUAAGUUGGCCCUCAGUCUCCAAAACACCACCGAGGAUUGGAAAGUCUUCAACGUGCUUCACAGAGUCGCGGGUCAAGUCGCGGCCUUGGAUCUGGGUUACAGAGCCGGUGCGGACGAAAUCGCGGCCAACAAACCCGCUCUUCUGUACAUGCUGGGCGCCGACGAGGCAGCCGUCGACCGGAAGGACCUUCAGAACUGCUUCAUCGUCUACCAAGGCCAUCACGGGGACCGUGGUGCUGAACAGGCGGAUGUCAUCCUACCGGGCUGCGCCUACACGGAGAAACAGGCGACCUACGUGAAUACUGAGGGUCGUACUCAGCAAACCUUCCCGGCUGUGACCCCUCCUGGACUCGCUCGUGAAGAUUGGAAGAUCAUUCGAGCCCUCUCCGAAUUCGCCGGUGUCGGUCUGCCGUACGAUAACAUCGAAGAGCUCCGAGGCAGGAUGUCGGAGAUCGCACCCAACCUCGUCAAGUACUCCGUUGUCGAAGAGGCGAACUAUUUUGCUCAGGCCGGUCCCCUCUUCGGAAAAUUGGCUUCAGCUCUGAGGAGUGACGAAAAGUUGGACACCAAACUGAAGGGUCUCGAAGACUUCUUCAUGACGGACUCAAUCAGUCGAGCUAGUGCUACCAUGGCGAAAUGCGUACAGGCAGCCAUGAACGAGAAAAAGAAUCGUCACUGAAUCGACGAUAGAAAGUUCCGUUGUAGUCGAAUCGGAUUGGGGAUCCCGUUGUCUCCAUCGAGUACAACCACGUCUCCGGAUUCGAUAGCAUCUGUGGCUCCGAAAACGCCCACCACAGCGGGCAAGCCGUACUCUCUCGCAACGACGGCUCCAUGGGAGACAACUCCGCCCACUUCAGUCACCACUCCU